AUACCGAGCCAACUACUCUCAUUUGUUGACAGUUAUGCUAUAGGUAACCAUCGUAACUCUGCAUGAACAUGUUUAAAGCAUCUGCAUUCGAGCUAUUCAGAUAAUUAUGUUGUGAGAAUGUCAGUAUUAACACAACACCAUUUUUUACAAUUGGUUAUUUUUAGUCAUUUCCUUCAUGGCUCUAUUAGCUAAAAUGAACACAAGUCAGCUAUCGUUGCUACUAGCUAAUAUUCAAUGGAUGCUCUAACGGUGAAACAAUGUUAAUGAGCGAGCGUGGCUGAUUAAAUUACUUCCAAAAUGGUUGUGGAGGUAGAAAACUUCUUUGGUGUGUACAUGCUGUACUGCACCAAUCCUAAAUUCAAAGGGCGUAUUUACAUUGGCUUCACUGUGAACCCUGAGCGCAGGAUAGGACAGCACAACGCUGGACGGCACAAAGGGGGGGCCAAGAGGACGAGUGGAAGAGGACCAUGGGACAUGGUCCUGAUAAUACAUGGCUUUCCCUCUGAUAUUGCUGCUCUCAGGUUUGAGUGGGCUUGGCAGCACCCCCACUCCUCCAGGCGUCUCUCCCACGUCUCCCGGCGCUGCAGGAAAGAGACGAGCCUGCAGUUCCACUGGCGCGUCGUCUCCAGCAUGCUGCGGGCGGCGCCGUGGAACAGACUGCCGCUGACGGCCCGCUGGCUCAAACAGGAGUACAGGAUGGACUUUGAGCCCAGCCUGCAGCCUCCACUGCACAUCCCCAUUGCUUUUGGGAGCGUCAGGGCCAAGAAGAAGCUGCAGUCUCCAGGAGUGGAGGGGCAGGAGGAGCAGGAGACAUCCAGCUGUUUUCUCUGUAAAGGACUGGUCAAGGUGUCAGAAAAGCUGAGCUGUUUCCACCCAUCCUGCGGGAUGAGCGGUCAUGUGAUCUGCCUCGCUAAACAUUUCUUGAAGUCAGAGCCGACCCACCUCCUGCCAGUGGACGGCAAAUGUCCGGCCUGUAAAAGCUCUGUGCUCUGGGGGAGUCUCAUCCGCCACAAACACGGCUGCUUCGGAGACAUCGAGGAAUUCACCCCGUCCUCUUCCCAGAGCCACUGGGCCGAUGAACUGCAGAUAUAAGGGAGUGGAGCCUGCACAACGUCUGAAUACUUCCUUAAUGAACUGAGGUGACACAUGUCAUAGAGAAUCAUGGAGAUUAUGUGCAAUGGAUUUGACUUUUCAAACUGGACCAGAAUGUGAGAGAAAGCUGAUAAGCAGAAAUGCGCACAGGUUCCACACUCUCCAUCUAUCUAGUGCAACGUCAUUAUUUUAAUCACAUGGUGUAUUUUUAAUGUAUUCAGUAUUUGUGGAAGAAAUAGUUUUAAUGCAUUGUCUGACAGAGUUUUGUACCUGACACAUUAUUUUUUUGUCAAAGUAAUAAAGUGGGAAAAGUUGAAUUGCCA